AUGGCUGCUGGGGGUGUCAAAGUCCGGGCUGAGGUGGAUUCCUACGAUGCAGGCUGGGGGGCUUCUCCUGCGGGGCCGCACGCCUCGGGGGCGGGCCGCAGCGCAGUUCUCUCGGCUCAGGGGGCCCCCGGGUCCCUUGCCCGUGGCAGCGGCGCUGGGAGACACAGCCUGAAGCAGCUGGAGAAGAUGCGAUGCAUGCGGAAGCGCUCAGCAGUGCCCUUCCUAGGGCUGCUCGUCCUCUGCCUGCUCCUCAUCAGCCUCUACAUUGAAGAUGGCCACGUGCUGGAAGGGGACAAGCAGCUCCUGAGCGAGACGGCCAUGCACCAGCUGAGCCCCGAGCGCUCCCUGCACCCUGCUCAGGCUGGCUCCAAUUUCUCAGCAGCCAGGAACAUUUCCUAUCACUACCUGGCUGGCACACCUCUGCCAAAGAAAAGGUACCUGACCAUCGGGCUCUCCUCUGUGAAAAGGAAAAAGGGCAACUACCUGCUGGAGACUAUCAAGUCCAUCUUCGAGCAGUCGAGCUACGAGGAGCUGAAGGAGAUCGCGGUGGUGGUGCAGCUGGCAGACUUCGACGCGGCCUGGUGCGCCGGCAUGGCGCAGGGCAUCACCCAGCGCUUCGCACACCACAUCAUCGCCGGCAGGCUGCUGGUCAUCCAUGUCCCCGAGGAGCACUACCCUGCCCUGGAGGGGCUGAAGAGGAACUACAACGACCCUGCGGAGCGGGUGAAAUUCCGCUCCAAGCAGAACGUGGACUACGCCUUCCUGCUCAACUUCUGCGCCAACCUCUCCGACUACUACGUCAUGCUGGAGGAUGAUGUCCGCUGCGCCAGGAACUUCCUGACGGCCGUCAAGAAGGUGAUCGCCUCGCGGGAGGGCUCCUACUGGGUGACCCUGGAGUUCUCCAAGCUGGGCUACAUCGGGAAGCUCUACCACUCGCAUGACCUGCCGCGCCUGGCCCGCUUCCUGCUGAUGUUCUACCAGGAGAUGCCCUGCGACUGGCUGCUCAUCCACUUCCGCGGGCUGCUGGCGCAGAAGGAGGUGAUCCGCUUCAAGCCCUCGCUCUUCCAGCACAUGGGAUACUACUCCUCUUACAAGGGGGCCGAGAACAAGCUGAAGGACGACGACUUCGAGGAGGAAUCCUUCGACCUCCCCGACAACCCCCCGGCCAGGCUGCACACCAACAUCAAUGUCUUCGAGCACUACGAGGCCAGCCGGGCGUACAGUGCCGGCGAUGAGUACUUCUGGGGCAAGGCUCCUGCUGCCGGCGACUUCUAUGGGGUGGUGUUUGAGAAGCCCACCAGGAUCAGCAGGAUCAAGGUGGUCACCGGCACCGAGGACAGGCAAAACGACAUCCUGCACCACGGGGCCCUGGAAGUAGGGGAGAAGCUGGUGGGGAGCAAAAAAGGGAGGCAGUGCAGCACCUACCUGAGACUGGGGGAGUUCAGCGGUGGGAGGUUUGAAGUGACAGAGGUGGAGCACAAAGUGCUGUUUGAGGUGAGCUGCAUGAGGAUACUUGUCACCAAAAGCCAGAAGGAGUGGCUGAUCAUCAGGAGCAUCAGCAUCUGGACUUCUCAGGCACCGAGCCCAUAG